GAGAGAGAGAGAAAGGAAGCGAGGAAUGAUCGGCGUCCGCGAGCGCGGAUGCAGGCGCGUUCCUCGUCAACGACGAGAUGAAUUGCGCAACGCGAUUUCGCCCAGUGAUGGGAGAUCGCACGGAAUUCACGCGCACGCGCAUUGAGCAAACUUCUGCGCAGCCUCACUGACGUACAUAUUAUGUGGUAGCAUAAGGUUCCCAACAUGAAAAUGAAUCUGAAAGCGAAUUUAGGGAGGAAAAAUUUUGAUGUAAGUAUCAUGGUUCACAAAUGUAUUAUUAUUAGAAACAGUAAACGAAGCAGAUGGGUUGAUAUUACGACUUUGAUUUAUAUUAUCAAUAUGUAUUAUCACAAACACUAUCACAGAAUAAACACGGGAAAACUAUCGGAAUGGAUACUUCGUGCAUGCACGGGACCCCUGUGACCCCUUAACGUGGCACCUACAUCCAUCAUUGGAUUCGAGCUGCUACGUCAUCUCACGCAUGCGCACGAAGUCUCCCGUAGCAGACGAUUCCGUGCAAUCUCCCAUCACUGAUUUCGCCCCGUCACCUCUCGUCGCGAUCGGGUCAGGGUCGUUCCUGUUUAUCCGCCGCGCGCACGCGCGCAGGGGUUGGCACCCCUGGCGUCCGCGCCGUGGCGUACGCUUGUCACUCAUGCUCGUGCUACGAUGUGUUUACGUUGUAACUCAGGAAAUGCUGCUACCCUGUAAGGCGAGCCACGUCGAGCCUGGCAGCAUGAAGCGCGCGGUGCCCGAGCAGAGCGGCGAUGGCAAGCGGAACUACUUCAAGCACGAGUCCAUCGGCUUCGGAUACGACGCCGCCUCGUACGCCAACUACCCGUCGCCGUCGUCGUCGUCGUCCACGCCCUCCGCCAUCGCCCAGCCUCUACCCGGCCAGCCACCCCUGCCUCCCAUGCCGCCGCCGCCCAGCGGGGUCCCGCCUCCGCCACACGUUUUCGGACCAGUGCCUUCCCAAGUAGCCCCCAUCCAGUGGACACCCGCGCACACCCCCUGGCAAUGGAUAGCGUCGCAAACGUCCCCCCUGCCGCCCCCGACUCCGCACGAGAUCGCUAAUACGAUUGCUCAGAGGGAGAUCCCGCUCAGGGGUAACUACGUGCGCCGCGAGAGGUUUCACAGUAGGAGCAACGUGUACGCUCAGAGAAAUAACUUUCACCGUAAAAACCGAAGGGUGGUGCGGUUCGGGCAGCCGCAGGCGCAGUUCGAUCAGGCCGCGUACUUUGGCGCGACCCUCGCCGGUAAUCUCGGACUGGAGUGGCGGAGGGGCAAUUAUCCCGUCGCGACGAGCGACGCCAUAAUAAACCACAUGACCGUUCCCGUACCUAAUCAUCCCCCCGUACCCUCCAUCCCGCCGGGAAUCGCGAGCGGCCGGCACGUCGAGGAGGCGGAGGAUCAGGAUGUAAAAAUUGAAAAGGUGGUGAAGAAGAACAAGCAGAGGAAGCCGAUGUCCCAGAGCUACGUCAACAAGCCGUGGAACAGGGAGGACGCGGAAAGGGCUCUGAAGAUCGAGAGCGAGUACAACAUGAAGAACAAGGUCAACGCGCAGAGCUUGAUAAUCAAGUUCCCCGACACGGACUUGAAUAAGGACAUCGUCACCAAGUUUCAUUCCGACAUACUGAACAUACACUUUCAAAAUCCCUGCGGGCCGAGAUACUGCUUCAUUCAGAUGGCGGAGGACGUGAAUAUUGACGAGGCGAUCAAGGAGCUGGAGAAGAUCAAGUUUGGCCUUGGGCACUUGAAGGUCGAGAAGAAGUCGUUGCGAGACGAGGAUAAUCCGGAGGAGAUAGAUCCCUAUACCUUGUUCAUAGGAAAUCUGCCCGAAUCUGUUAAAACGAGCGAGAUAAAGAGUAAGUUUCCGAAGGCGCAAGACGAAGAGACGCGGAAGAUGAAGAACACACGAAAUAUUCUUAUGAGAUACAACAGCGUGGAUGAUGCGAUAUCAGACUACAAACAAGCGUACGGUUUAAUGUGGGACAAGAGGAAUAUUAACGUUAGAUUCAGACGGAAGAGAGGCAACGCUUGUCCACCCGAGGAACCCAAGCUCGACGUUAAGAAAGUUAAGGAGGAGCCGAGCAACGCCGCACAAGCGGAGAAGGAGCGGAACGCGAAUCAUGUUGAGCUAGAGGUAAACAUCAACGAGUUGAAAGAGGAAGAAGGUAACGCCGACGAAACGAAGGAGGACAAGCUCAAUCACGCGGACAAGUCGUCGGCAAAUCAAAAUGCGGGUAGCGCGGUAGCGCGACUGCAAGAUAAUUCCAAUAAGGCGCAAAGGAAACCGGCGUCGCAGGUUCAGGAGGACACGAACUCUCACCUGGCUGGGUUAUCGGCACAAGAAGAACAACCUUGGACGUCACAGUCCCCUCAAGUACCUACGGCAUCGGAAGCUCCCCCGCCGUAUCUAACCGAAGCGAACGCCGUUGAGGAAACGGUGAUGCUUGCACAAAUCAAGGAGGAGCCCAUAGAUUACGAUGACAUGGAUACGUUUGAUAAUAUGUAUAAUAGCAUGCGGUCGGACGAUGAUGUCGACGAUGAUGACGAUUCCGACGAUGACGAGGAGCCGGACGAUUCCGACGAUGACGAGGACGAUGCCGAGGAGCCGGACGAUUCCGACGACGACGAGGAUAACAAUGCGGAUGACCGUGGCGACGACGAUGAGGACGAGGAUAUCGACGAUGACGGAAAUAUUGCGUUUAGGGCUAAGUUGUCAGGAGCAACGCGAGAUAACGAAGAACCGUCAGACCACCUCGAUCAAAUGUUCAGCGAACUGGAGAACAUGACGGGCGAUAUUGGUUUCUUAAAACAAUGAACGAAACCACGUCGUCUCCAACGCUGACCGAUCCAGUUCUUUUGAUGAGAUUUGAUUCCGCAUAUAACGUGUAAAUAUCAGUAGUUGCGUAAUAUAAACGAAUGAGACUGCAUGUAUUUAGAUAUAGUAGCGUAAGCGAUUAUAUAAAGCCCGUAUUUAAGUAUUUUGUAAUUAUUAUUUCUUCCAAUGGAUUUCAAUGAAUAUCAGGCUUAAGCGGAUCAUCAUGUAAGCUCUAUUAUAUCAUUAAAGUUAUUAUUUUACGUA